UCUCCACUUCCGGGUCGUAAAUGAAGAGUUCAUUUGGUGCCAAGUUGCCAGAGACAAGCAGCGACCAGGAAAUACAUUUUCAACGGGCAAAAAGACCUUCAUUAUCGAUCGGUCUGGGACUUGAACGACCGCUCAUUGUCUGCUAAGACGCCCGGGAGCCAUGUCCUAGCAUCUGUGGGUGAUUUUUGAGGGGCCUGUCGCGAUGCAGAAUUUCGCCCGACGGUCCAUCAGGAGAAUCGGAAGAAGUGUGUGAUCGCAAACUCCCGUGUUUCGUUCUCGUGGAAGUACGUGUUUGUUGAUUGGUUGGUUGUGCCGUGAGCGGAGAUAUGAAGAAAAGACCAAAUAAGAGCCUUGGGACUAAUACUGUGUACCAGGGCCUUGAGGCUAUACCUCCGGGAGAAUCGCGUACAGUUUACGUAGCAAACCGCCAGGCGCCAUGGGCAGGCACCGAGGUCUACAUAGCACCAGAGGAGUAUCCUGACAACACGAUAACAUCCUCAAAGUAUACAGCAUGGAACUUCAUCCCCAAGAAUUUAUUCGAGCAGUUCAGAAGAAUAGCAAACUUUUACUUUCUGUGUGUAGGAAUCAUCCAGCUGUCGCUAGGAGAUGACACGCCCGUCAGUCCUGUCACCAGCAUCAUGCCACUGGUGUUUGUGGUUUUUGUUACAGCAAUCAAACAGGGCUAUGAAGACUGGCUAAGACACAAGGCCGACAAUGAAGUCAACAAGAGUCCUGUACAUGUCAUACGGCAGGAUGAGCUGGUGGAGAUUAUGUCUCAGGACAUCAGGGUAGGAGACAUAGUGAAGGUCCAAUCAGACGAGAGUUUUCCCUGUGACCUUGUGAUGCUGUCAUCGGAUGACCCUGAAGGCAACUGUCACAUCACAACUGCCAGCUUAGAUGGCGAGACCAACCUCAAGAUUCAUUCCUCUGUGCCAGACACGGCUCACUACAACACUAUCCCUGAGCUGAAGGGCCUGUAUGCAUCCAUCGAGUGUCAGGAACCAGAGCCAGACCUCUACAGAUUUGUGGGCAGAAUCAACAUUUUCAAGAGUCCCAACGAACCAGUAGCUGUGAGAACUCUGGGACCGUUGAACAUUCUGCUGAGGGGAGCCCGGCUCAAAAACACCCCCUACAUCUACGGUGUGGCAGUCCACACCGGGCAGGAGACAAAGAUGGCCCUCAACUCUCACACCAAGCUGGGGAAGAGAUCAGUCAUAGAAAAGUCUAUGAACACCUACCUUCUGUUUUAUCUGUUUGUAUUGCUGGCUGAGACCUCCCUCUGUACCGGGCUGAAGUACUGGUACAUCGGCCGCGUCGGUGAACCCUGGUAUGUGGGAGAGGAUCCCUCGAAAAGGCCUGCAUUUCUUGAAGGGUUGGUGGAUUUCCUGGCUUUCCUGGUUCUAUUCAACUAUGUCAUUCCCAUCUCCCUGUAUGUGACUGUGGAAUUCCAGAAGUUCUUGGGGUCCAUUUUCAUCAGCUGGGACAUAGAAAUGUAUGAUGAAAAGAAUAACUUGAAAGCUCAAGCCAACACCUCCGAUCUCAAUGAAGAAUUGGGUCAGAUCGAGUACGUUUUCACUGACAAGACGGGAACGCUGACAGAGAAUGAGAUGUGUUUCCGGCAGUGUUCCAUCGGCGGGGCUCAGUUCGAGGAAUACCACGGAAACCUGGUGCACAUGAGCUCCCGAGUGCCAGUGUCGACAGCAAAUAUGGAGGCUUCAGUAGAAGAGUUCCUGGUAGCCAUAGCGCUGUGCCACACUGUCCACGUGCACAGCAACAACAGCAGUGCAAACAGCACCCCGGUCAAGGCCAAUGGCAUGUCCUUGGAUUCGGCUGCAUCCUUCGAGUACCAGGCUUCCUCUCCUGAUGAAAAGGCUCUAGUGGAAGCUGCAGACAGAUUUGGCAUCACCUUCCUCGGACAGACAAGAGUAACGGAAGGCAAGUCAGCAGGUGACUUCUUGAAGAUCAAUGUCAGGGGAGAAGAAAAACAAUAUGAGUUGCUUCAUAUCCUUGAAUUUGACCCAACAAGGAAAAGAAUGAGUGCCAUUAUCAAGUUACCAAACGGAAACAUCAGACUGUACACCAAAGGUGCGGAGUCUGCCCUGCUACCUCUGUGUUUAAGUGGAGAAAGGGACAAAACUUUGUACCAUGUCAACCAGUUUGCUGAGAUUGGCCUGCGAACACUGGUGUACUGUAUAAAGGAACUGAAUGAAGAGCAAUAUGCAGACAUCAAGAGCAAGAUGACGGAGGCCAGGAAUGCCCUGCAGGACAGGGAAGAAAAGGUGAAUGCAGUGAUUACCUACAUAGAGAAAGACUUCCACCUGUUGGGAGCCACUGGGGUGGAGGAUAAACUACAGGAUGGAGUCAGUGAUACUAUCCAGGCACUCAGGCUAGCAGGGGUAAAGGUUUGGGUCCUGACAGGAGAUAAACAGGAGACAGCUGUGAACAUCAGCCACUCCUGCACACACUUCCAGCGGGGCAUGAGCGAGCUCUACCUGGUACAGCAGAAAACCAUGCAGCAGUGUGCUGAAACCAUCAUGCAGCAUCUCAAAAGCAUCUCACAGUCCAGGUACCAACACAGUACAACAGUUACUGGGAAUACAAGAAGGAUCCAGGAGGACCACGUGACGACACACGCCCUAGUGGUGGAUGGUAUGAGCCUGGCUCACAUACUGACGGAUCACAGGGACAUGUUCAUGGAGCUGUGUCAGAACUGCACGGCUGUGCUCUGCUGUAGGAUGUCACCUCUGCAGAAAGCUGAGGUAGUGAAACUCGUGAAAGCUUCUCCGGAGCACCCAGUCACUCUGGCUAUUGGAGACGGGGCUAACGAUUGCAGCAUGAUCCAGGAAGCUCAUGUAGGAGUAGGCAUCAUGGGAAAGGAGGGACGUCAGGCGGUGCGCGCCAGUGACUUCGCCUUCGCCAGGUUUAAUGUUGCUUUCAUUAGCCCCCAGCUCCUAUCCCAGUUCUACAAUGGGUACUCGCAAACGACUCUGUAUGAUACAGCGUUCCUGACGUUCUACAACAUAUUCUUCACUUCUCUACCGAUCCUGUUGUACGGCCUGUUCGAACAGAACAUUAAGAAGGCAGACCUUAUGAAGAAUCCGGAACUCUACAAGGACAUUGCUAAGAACAGGAGGUUGGAUAUCUUCCACUUCCUGUACUGGACAAUACUUGGAAUCUGGCAUGCGUUGGUUAACUACUAUGGCCCAAUGUACCUGUUCUGGGAUGCCCCAUCACUGAUGCCUGACCAAACAAUGUUUGGGAACUUCGGUUUGGGGACAUUCAUAUUCACGGCAGUGGUGAUAGUAGUCAACCUUAAGAUGGCAGUGGAGACUCACUACUGGACCUGGCUGAACCAUUUCGCCAUCUGGGGGUCCAUCAUCGUCUAUUUCCUCUUCACAUUGGUCUACAGCGCCAUUAUGUUCGGCUGGCCCAUUGAUAACAAACCUAUGUACUACGUGUUUCUCCAACUGCUGUCCAGUCCGACGGUGUGGCUGGCCCUCCUGGUGCUGGUCACUGCCUGUAUGAUUCCGGACGUCUUCAUAAAGGUCAUCUUCAAACACAUCAGGCCAAGCAGGGUGCAACACAAGCAGAUGAAGAUGAAGAACAAGUUGCAGCAGUUAAAGACAAGUAUCAGUACUGUGUCGGAGCAGAUGCUUCUCUCAGUUCAAUCCUCCCGCGCCCCCUCACGCGCAACGACGCCAAACAUCGAAGGCGUACGCUACGUUACGCGUUCGGAGACGGCCGAACUUGUUACCACAUUGUAAUUCUCUCCUAGUUAAGCAGAAAAGGUUAACUGACAGUGUGUAUUUUGAUUAUAACAGUGGGGGAAAUCUUCCUCGCACUGAAAUGACCAUAGCAAUAAGUAUUUUCUGUAUCAUUAGAGUAAUUGCAGUAUGCCCUUAUAAAUAAUUUUUUUGGAACAUUGCAGUGAAAGUAGCAAAUUAAUGUCAUUUAGGGCUAUCAUUAUUUUCUCUUUUGAUUGACUUAGAAACAAUUCUUUAUUCUUGACACAAAUAAGGAAAGAAAUAUUUGAUAUAUCUUAUGUUAUCAAGAGAUUGUAUCCAUUUUCAGAUUGUACCCAUUUGAGAGAUUAGAAGUAUAAUAUGCAGUUGUAAACCUACUAUUAUAUUUCAAUUUUUCCAUGAUCAGUGUUACAAGUAGCACAAUUUUUUUCAUUUUCUUUCAGUAUAACAGUGUAAUGUUGACCGUCAAACUUAAGGCAAAUUUUUACUUAGUCUUUAUAGCUUCUUUCUGAAAGAAAAACUUACAGCAAAGUGCUGAACAGUUUACUGCCAUUUAUCAUAAUGCAGUGACACUUUAACCAUCUUCCUACAAGGGAUGUACAAAUUUGUAUAGGUUACAACUUACGCUGUAAGCAGGAGAUGGUUAAUGAAUACUUGGGGUGGAGGGACAGGAGUUUUAUAUUGCACUGAGACAAGAAAUAUUGAAGCAAGACUCUACAUAGUGUUUCUGUGUUUACUUGAAGUUACUUAUUAUCAUCAUAAUGGUGUUUGCACACUUUUUCAUACAUGUGUGGAUUUGAUAUGAAUCAGUUACUUAGACUUUUGAAGAUAUGUUGAUAUGAUGAUAUGAUUAUCCUUGUAUCAACCCAUAUACAGAGACACUUUCCUUAUUAUUGAUAUUACUGUUACAGAGUUGUAGACUGAAAUAGGACACCUAAUGAGAUCUGAAAGCAAAAUGUUACCCAGAAGUCACAGAAAUUUCAUCAUUUCAGGACGAAAAGCAAGACAACUUGAUUGAUAAGUAUUUACUGCUUUUCAUUCCAUUUAGAAUAAUCUGAAAAUUGUUUUCAAGAAAACAGUUAUAUUCAUCUUCGGUAGAAUUUUAGUCCGGAAAGUGGCUAUCUGGUUUUCAUGUUUAUUGGCUUUAUUCAGAAUAAGCCAAUUAUCAACACUCAUCCUCCCAAUUUCUUCUGUAAUCAUUUGGGACCAAAGUGGAGAUGGAGUUUAGCAAUGAGGAGAUCUGUUAAGGGAUAAAAAUGAGUCUUUCAGAAUAGUUUUUUAGGAGAUAAAACUACAACCCCUUCCUUUGAGAUUUAAUGGAAAAUCAAAUACACUUUCUAAGAAAUGGAAAAGCUUAUGAGAUAUUCAAAACAUGGGGUGUGCCAUUUGAUUUACCUCGAAGUAAGACAAAUGAAAUUUGGUAUUCGUCUUUUCGAUUCUUAACAAGUCAGAACACUUCAAUAAAGAAGAUGUAAAAUGUUGACAUGUACAGAGACAGUUUCUAUUGUAUGUCCAACCUACCAGUAUUUGAGAAUUAACUGGCUAUUGAGAUUGAUAGAGGAAUUGGUGCAAUUUGAACUGACAUUAGCCAUAAUGAAGAUUUCUUUUUGAUAGUGAUAGAAAGUCUUUUUUUUUUUCAAACCAGCUUGCAUUUGGUGUUUCCAAAGUAGCCCUGUACCUAUCUUUUUUUUUUCAGUUCAGUUGUGCAAUGGAUACGAAAUGUCAUGAUCGGUCAGGCACAUCAGUUAAUACUUUGGUACGUGGCUUUAACAUCUAGUAAACUGAUGAAAUUUGUACGUUUAGUCUUUUGCCUACCAACAUUGCAGUCAUGGGACAUUUCUACAUUUUGAUCAAACCAAAGUCUAGUCUAUCCCGUACGUCCAUCUUUAUCACAAAUUAGCAAUAACAUGUUGCAGAAUGAAAGAAAAAGAGCCUGCCUAUUGAAGUGCCAAUGUUGAGAAAGCUACAUGAUACUAGUUGCUUGAAUCAGAAAUUUCGAAAGUGAAACAUUUUUACAAAAGAAAUAAAGGUGCAUGGUGCCAAGCAAGCUUUAUAUAAUGUUUCAGCAUCUUUGUAGCCUGAUUAAAUCUCGCUUAUAGCAGCCCGCCCAACAUCCACCGACCUCUGCAGGGAGGUGCAAGUUACAGCACUGGACAGCAGAGUUUGUGUUACACAGACUAGCAUCUUUAGUGCAUCUAUUUUAUAGUAACAGGGAAGAAUUGGAAGAAUGGGCAAUAUACAUAAUCCUCAUGUUCUUAUGGUUAUUCUUUGUGUGGUCAGUAUAACGUUAUACCUUCACUUCUUGCAGUUCUACAUUUAUAUCUAUGACAUUCAUAUUUCUGACAAUUUGUAAUUUAAAUAUUUUGUCAGCUGUGUACCUAAUAAAAAUGUAUGUAGGACCAAUUCGACU